UCCACACCUACGCUGGCAGCAUUCAGCAAACAACGUGUGGUAGACAACGGCGUAGGGGUGGAUAUCGUGUGCAUGAGUCAGCCUCCACUGCAUCUGGUGCCACUGCUGGUUAGCAAGGAGUCUCAGUUUGCGUCCAAUCCCUACUGGCUGCGGCAGUGCUUCUACUCGAACACACACCAGAUGGACAGCCACCUCAAAUACCGACCAGCGCGAUUUGUGCCGCGGGUGGUAGGGGCCCGCCCCUCGGGUGACAGUACGUUUAUUAGCAGCUGCCAUCUCAUGACUCCUAGGCCAGACGAUGAAGAACCAGCCCAAGUGAGAGACUACCCACCCACCCACACAGCCACACCAACAGACACGCACACACAGAUAGAGUCCAGUGAGACGGACACACACGCAAAAACACACGUGAAUGUGGAUUCGAAUACGAAUGCGGAUGGGAAGAUACAUACCGGGGGUAGUGUCAGUGGGAGUGGAGGUAGGGCUUUUGGAGGUGCCAAGGGUAGUGUGCCUAAUAAGGAUAUGAAAGCUCGUCAUAAACUACACGACGACCAAGUGUUCACGGCUACAAAACCGCCACAGUCGCCUUACUACAGUCUGCAGGGAGGAAUGGCCGGCUCUCUCGCCAAACUCAGCCUGGCACCCAGUUGUACCAGCAACAGUAAUACCUAUACCAAUGGCGGUAUUAUCUACCCAAAUGUCCUGGGUGGUCCAGAAAGUCGGACUUUAGGUGCAGGGCCGUCGGGUACAGAGGCCGGAGCAUUCGGCUCGCUGGCCAGCAACUCUAUGGGUGUCUCUGAGCACCAAUACCACACCAACAACCAGUACAUCAGCAGCCAGCUGUCUGGCAGUAUACGACAAUCACAGCCGCAAGCAUUACAUUCACAGUCACACACUCGCUUACCUACCCGAGCGAACGCACCCGUACAAGUACAAGCUAAUACGCUGUAUGCACAGGGCGAGGCUUUAAGCCGCGGCACGGAACACCAACCCUUGACUGCGGGGAAUAGCGAGCCCUCGGGCAUGUGGAAGAUGGAUGAGUUGUCAGCCAUGGGCAGCCAUAGUGGACAAUUAAACGGGAAUGCACAGUACCUGACGAGCUCGCACGCGACGUACUCGCCGACCUCGAACGCUAACUACCACCGCAAUACGCCGUCUCGCGCACACACACCGCUGAGCAAUAUAAUGACCAUGUUCACCCAGCCCACGCCUAGCCAGGCACACAACCACCCACACAGCCAGCAGCACUCGUACGCCCAGGUGCAUGGCCAUACCCACGGCUAUACGAAUACGGGCACGAGCAUGAGUAUGAAUGUGAACAUGAAUGUGAAUGGGACUGGCAGUGGUAAUGCACACGGUCAGCCGCAGACAUACGCACAGAUGUACGGGCAACAUUCAAACACCACACAUGCGCCGUCACGCACACAGCCAGGCACACCUCAGGCACACAACGCACAUAUGUCCACAACCAAAUCGCUGGGGAGUAGAGACCCUCUGACUGGCAGACACCACUCGAUGCAGCCGAUGGACGGUACUCCACCUACUAUGCCCAUGCACGUGUGA